AUGGUAGUCAAAAAUAAUGAGAUUCAUUCUUCUUUACCACUGCUCACUGCAUCUGUUUAUAUACAGGCCAAUGAUGCCUCGGGAAACACCUGGAACUGGCUGUACUUCAUCCCUCUCAUCAUCAUCGGCUCCUUCUUCAUGCUUAACCUCGUCCUGGGUGUCUUAUCAGGGGAGUUUGCCAAAGAAAGAGAGCGAGUGGAGAAGAGGCAGGAGUUCUUGAAGCUCCGCAGACAGCAGCAGAUUGAGAGAGAGCUCACCGGAUACCUGGAGUGGAUAUGCAAAGCAGAGGAGGUGUUGCUGGCAGAGGAAGAUCAGAAUGCUGAGGAGAAAUCCCCCCUGGAUGUCCUGAAAAGAACGAAGAGCAGAAAGGGUAGAAAUGACCUCAUCAGUGCUGAAGAGGGAGAGGAACAUUUCACAGACAUCUCCUCUGUUGCUCCACCUGGAUCACCUUUCGCCCGAGCUAGCCUGAAGAGCAGUAAGAACGAUAGCUCUUCAUAUUUCCGUCGAAAAGAAAAGAGGAUACGCUUUUUCAUUCGGCGGAUGGUGAAGGCACAAAGUUUCUACUGGAUCGUUCUGUGUUUGGUGGGAUUGAACACGAUGUGUGUGGCCAUUGUCCAUUACGACCAGCCUGAGUGGCUCACCAAGGCCCUGUACCUGGCAGAGUUUGUAUUCCUGGGUCUGUUUCUGACAGAGAUGACUCUGAAGAUGUAUGGCCUGGGGCCCAGAAACUACUUUCACUCCUCGUUCAACUGUUUUGACUUUGGGGUAAUUGUGGGAAGUAUAUUUGAGGUGGUGUGGGCAGCGAUCCAGCCUGGUGCAUCUUUUGGGAUCAGUGUUCUGAGAGCCCUGCGCCUGCUCCGUAUUUUUAAAGUAACCAAGUAUUGGAACUCUUUGCGGAAUCUUGUGGUUUCACUGUUGAACUCCAUGAAGUCCAUCAUUAGCUUGCUCUUCCUCCUCUUCCUCUUCAUCGUAGUGUUUGCCCUGCUAGGCAUGCAACUCUUCGGGGGCCAGUUUAAUUUUGAAGAUGAAACUCCCACUACAAACUUUGACAGCUUCCCUGCAGCCAUAAUGACAGUCUUCCAGAUUUUGACAGGAGAGGACUGGAAUGCAGUGAUGUAUCAUGGGAUAGAGUCCCAGGGUGGCGUCCGGGGUGGAAUGUUCUCUUCGGUCUACUUCAUUGUUCUUACACUGUUUGGAAACUACACACUUCUCAAUGUAUUCUUGGCCAUCGCUGUGGAUAACCUUGCCAAUGCACAGGAGCUGACAAAGGAUGAAGAGGAACAAGAGAAGGCAGCGAAGAAGAGCAUGGCUCUUCAGAAGGCCAUGGAGGUGAAGGAGGUCAGCCCAAUGUCUGCUGCCAACAUCUCAAUAGCAGCUUUUGUAAAGCAAAAUCGAGAUGCAAUCUCUCGCAGGUCUUCAGUCUGCAGCGUUCACUCACCGUGA